GGCGCCUAUUAAUGAUAUAUUGAGCCUAUCAGCAUCAUUAUCAUCUAAAUAACGCGAUGCGUUGGUUUGUCUGGAGUACUUUUCUGCAUCAUCGGCGAAAACCGGCGUCGUUUUCAUUUCGAUCUGCAUAUAAUGUAAAUAAUGAAGUUUUAACCUGUUCACCUAGUGGUUAUCGGACAUUUUAUAGUCUUUCCACUGUAUACUGUAGCUAUAAUAAUAAUGCUCGUUGGAUAAAUCAGCGUAUGCGUUACAAACCCCACAGUGCUGGUAGAAACAAUUUCGACACUGACACACUUUUGAAAAAUGGGCAUCUGAUUCAAGCAAAAUUAUAUGGUAUUACAAAGUCAUGCGCCUAUGUAAUAAAUCCAUACGAUGGUCAACGUAUUUAUAUUUAUCAUGAUAAUCGAUGCGAUGCACUCGAUGGAGAUAUUGUACUAGUUCGACUACUGCCUAUUAAUGAAUGGAGAGUUACUGGUAUUGAAAAUUCUGAAAUGCUCGAUCGAAAUGUUUCAGAAAAGGAGGCGAUUAGUUCAGAGAUCGAUCAGUCCUCUGAGGUGACGGAUACUUCUGCUUUUGAUUCUCCUCUUGAUCCUGUAAUUGAAAGUGAUGUUGCUGUGUCUACUGCACUCAUGGAUCAGACGUUAUCAGCACCUAUGGAAUUUAAAAAAUAUUGGUUCUAUAGUGUUAAACAAGUAAUAAAAGGUUUUGAGCAUAUAUCAGACAAUUCAACAUUAGAUAUUCUUAAAGACUUAGAUUUAUCGCAUACACCGAGUGCUGCAUGUCCUUUACCAUGUCCCAAUCUAGUACGUGUAGGUGUAGUGAAAAAAGUUGUCAAAUCGAAUCCAAGCAAUGAAAAAAUAUUGGGUCGUUUAGCUUUUUAUCCAAAUUUUAUAACACGUGGCUUUGAGAAUACUGAACCGCUCAAAGUUCUACCUUCAGGCAAUACCUUCCGUUGUGUUUUACUUCCGCAUUCUAAUCGAUAUCCUCCUGUUAAAUUGGAUUCAUCUACUAUACCCUCUGAUGCUAUGAAGAAUGUACAAUUGGGUUUAGAGAACAGUUAUGUUUGUCGAAUUACAAAUUGGGAUACGAAAUCAAAAUAUCCUAUGGGAGUGAUUGAAGAACACUUGGGAAAUUUGGAUGAAUUAGAAAGAGAAACAAAAAGUAUCCUUAUCGAAUAUGGUAUCAAAGAGGAGCAGUUCACAUCUGAGGAUUUAAAAGGUUUACCAAUUAACCCGUGUGAUUUCAAAAUACCAGAAAGUGAAUAUAAAAAGCGUAAAGACUUUCGUUCUCAUUGUGUAAUGACAAUAGAUCCAGCUAGUGCAAAAGAUUUCGAUGAUGCCUUGCAUAUCCAACAAUUAAACAAUGGCUUAUAUGAAGUUGGUAUACAUGUUGCAGAUGUAUCGUAUUUUGUUUACCCAAAUAGUCCACUGGAUAGAAGAGCUGCAGAUAGUACUACUUCAGUUUAUCUUGUUCAACGAGUUAUUCCUAUGUUGCCACCAAUUCUUUCACAGCAUUUAUGUAGUCUUAUUCCAAAUGAAGAUCGAUUGGCUUUUUCAAUGCUACUGACAGUUAAGGAGAAUGGUGAGAUCAUUGAUGAAUGGUUUGGUCGAAGCAUAAUUCGAUCACGCUGUCGACUGACUUAUGAUGAAGCAUGGAGUAUUAUCCAGAUGGCAGAUUCAAAUUCACCUGUAGAAAAAAAUUCAAGUUUGAUAGAUAUAUUGCCUAAGCCUGAAGCUCCUUUCACUUUUCAAGAUCUUCAAAACAGUUUGUCUGCUUUGCAUAAGAUUGCUCAAAACUUACGUAAUUCUCGAAUACAGAAUGGAGCUUUAUCAUUAGAGAAAGUGGAAUUGAAUUUUAAUCUGCCAGAGCCACUACCGAAUCCAACAUCAUCAUCCUCGUCAUCAUCAACAAAAACACUGGAAGCUACAGAACAAGUAUCUGAAAAUAUCGCACCUGAAAGUUCAGGUACAUUAUGGCCUCAGGGAUUUUCUGUGAAAGUACGCAAUCCUGCACAUUACCUGAUUGAAGAAUGGAUGAUUGUUGCUAAUCAGGCUGUGGCUCGUUUCCUUUUUGGUCAUUUUGUUAAAAAAUUGAAAACUUUUCCAUCUUUAUCAUUUCCCGGUGUAUAUAAAACUCGUCAACGAUGGUUCGGUGCUAUGCUACGAAAUCAUCCAAAACCUAAUGAGAAAAAAUUCGAACAAUUGAUACAAAUAGCGAAGUCCAAUGAUAUAGAUUUGGAUGUUUCUAAUUCUGCAUCUCUCUCACAUUCGAUUAAAAAGUUGGUAGAAAGUCUCGCUGGUAAAGACUGUAACAAUGAAUCCCUUUUGCUGAAUUUAACCUGCUCUUUGAGUUAUAUGACGUAUGUUCGUCUUUCUGUUGCUCUUUACUUCAACCUAGAUAGUAUAUACAACAUACUAAGUAAACGAUAUCAAGGAAAAAAUUUAUUGGAGAAUAUCACUUCUGAUAAACAAUUCUUACAAAUGUUAUCCUUCAAUCCACAAUCAAUAGUAAAUGAAAGCAGUAAAAAUUUAUUGAAUUAUACAUGGCAUUAUGGACUAAGUAUACCAUUGUAUACACAUUUCACUUCACCUAUUCGACGAUAUGCAGAUUUAAUUGUUCAUCGUCAGCUGGCUGGUCUGUUGAAUUGUGAUGAUUCAUUUUAUCCAGAAUUGAAAGCUACAUUUUCACCAAGAUCAAAAUAUACUUGGAUUGAUAAGUAUUCGAGUGGUAAUCAUAAACAGAAGAGUUCAGAAAUUGAUUUAUUAGCUGCAUGGUGUAAUGAUCGUCGAUUAAAAGCUAGACGAGCUGGUGAAGCUAGUCAACGGUUAUUCUUGACAGCUUGUUUAAGAGAUUGUGGUCCGUUGUAUGAAAAUGGAAUUGUUAUGGAUCUAUCCUUUAAUAAAAUCAAGAUUUUGAUCACAUCGUUCGGUUUGGUUAUUGAUACAGAAGUUAAACAGUUUUUGAAAAAUGUUUUCAAGUGGAGUUUUGAUAAAAUGCCUUACGCAAAUGGCAUGGAGAAAGAUGUAACAAAUAACAAUGAAAAAAGGAACCAUAAUGGUAAUAGAUCAAUCGCAGAAGUCAGUCGUUCAAUUACAGUUACAUGGGAUGAUUCAGUCACUGAUUUUGUACAAAAUUCUAAUCAAUCAAAAAUAUCUAUUCUUUCAGUUUUACCUUGUCGGGUAUUUUGUCUUCCAAAUACACUAAUCCCACGUGUAGAAUUAGUAGAACCGAAUUUGAUAUCUAGUCAAGAUGUACAAAAAUAGUAGCCCUUUUUAAAAAAAAAGUAACAAAGAGCUUUUUAUGUACAGUGUAUUAUUUUUGAGAAAAUAAAAGUUCUCUAGUAA